CACUGUUAGGCGACACUGAUAGGCAGCACUGAUGGACACUGAUAGACGGCACUGACUGGCACUGAUAGGCGGCACUGACUGGCACUGAUAGGUGGCACUGAUUGGUAGCACUGAUAGGUGGCACUGACUGGCAUUGAUAAGUGGCACUGACUGGCACUGAUGGGUGACACUGAAAGGCAGCUCAGAUGGGCACUGAUAUGUGGCAUUGAUGUGCACUGGUAUGUACUGAUAUGUGGCACUGAUGGGCACUGGCAGGUGGCAUGGAUGAGCACUGAGAGCUGGCACUGCUGGGGCUACACAGAUCAUCAGGGCACACUGAUCAUCAGUGCCCUGAUGAUCAGUCACGAGAGGAGAGAAAUGCCGAUAACUGGCAUUUCCCUGUUUGCAUGUGAUCAGCUGUGAUUGGACACAGCUGAUCACAUGACUGAGCCGACAUCUUCGGCUCU